GGAAGCCGCAAAUUCUGCCCUAAACUUUAGAAAACCCGGCAGAAGAUGAGCACCCACGGCAACGGUAAUGGGAGAUGUCUUCUCAACAGAGCUCUGUAUGAAGCCGCUUUUCGCAGCGAGUAAGGAAGUUAGGCAAAAUGAUUCUCCACCCAGGAGUCAGCGCGCUCCGCAGAAACCAUGAGUUGGUUGUUUUCUCCGGUAUUUUAAACAAAUGAACCAGUCGACAUGCCCCAAGCGCCCUCUCUUUUGGCUGAGGAGCCGACCUUGUCAUCGCUGCAGCCUGCUGCCUUUUCCCCACACCCUGAGCCACAAGAAACCAGUUGGGAGCCGGUAUAGUACGGACGUAUAUCUCCUGGCUUCCCGAGGAUGUGCCCCGCACAAGGGCCUCACCUGUGGGUAGAAAUGUUGCAUGAACUGCUCCCGCGUAACGCCCUCGAGCCGAGGUACCGGGAUGCGCUGCCCGGUCAUGGUUGCUCACGUUCCCUUCUUCGAAGGCCUCGGAACUUUGGCUCCAAAGCGUACGUCAGCGUGUGAUCCGCUCGGAAACACGACUUGAGGAGAAAAGGUCCGCGAGUCCGGCGGACUCCAGAGGACAGCUGUCUGAGCGCCAGGAGGGAAGCCGAAGGGCCUGUGUGCUAGAGAGCGGCGAUGGACGGAUUCACCAGAGGUGGCAGCAACAGGCCAGCUUUGCUCUCCAGUCCCUUGCUUGGAAACUGCUAGGUGGCUUCCCAUCGGCUUCCUUUCAGCGGGCACAGGCAAGCAGAGGGGUGAAAGGUCAUAAAUAUGGCGCUUGCUUCCCGUCUGCUACUCAGUCCGCUGUUUUCUGGGUCCUUUCCCGGCGGGCUUAUCCGACUCCGGGCACCCGGUGUGGCCGAAGUGAGGCUGCGGUUGGCCGGGUUUUGUUACUUCUGCAGCCGCCGCCUUGGCUCCGGAGUGGCGCCGUUUCCUCGCAGCACUUGCAACUUGGAGGCCCUGGUGCUGCCUUCUCGGGGCCGCCGGCGACCCCUGCUCAGCUCCCCGAGACUCCCCGCAGCCCUCGCUGCUUACCCUGUUUGCUCUCGGCGCGACUACAGCACGGACGAGCAGCCCCAGCAGCGCCAGAAAACCAAGAUGAUAAUUCUGGGAUUCUCCAACCCCAUCAACUGGGUUCGGACUCGAAUUUAUGCAUUCCUUAUCUGGGCCUAUUUCGACAAGGAGUUCAGCAUCGCAGAAUUCUCUGAGGGGGCGAAGCAGGCUUUUGCUCAUGUAUCCAAGUUGUUGUCACAGUGUAAAUUUGAUCUAUUGGAAGAACUUGUGGCCAAAGAGGUGCUUCAUGUAUUAAAAGAAAAGAUUUCUUCACUACCUGAUAACCAUAAAAAUGCUCUUGCUGCUGACAUAGAUGAAAUUGUCUAUACAUCAACAGGAGACAUCUCCAUUUACUAUGAUGAGAAAGGAAGGAAGUUCGUUAACAUCCUGAUGUGCUUUUGGUAUCUAACCAGUGCCAACAUCCCCAGUGAAACUUUGAGUGGAGCCAGUGUAUUCCAGGUUAAAUUGGGGGAUCAGAACGUGGAAACUAAACAGCUUCUUAGUGCAAGCUAUGAAUUUCAGAGGGAGUUUACACAAGGAGUAAAGCCUGACUGGACCAUUGCACGGAUUGAACACUCAAAGUUACUAGAAUAAUCUUUCUUGGAAAAAAUCAGCUUAUGGACUUUUAGCAACUGCUAUAAAGAACUAAGGAAGAAAAAAUUUGGAUCUGAUCUUCACUUAAUCAAGUGUGUGGAUUACUUUUGUAUUAUUUUGAAAUACUCCUUGCAGUAUAUUGACAUGAUACAAUAAAGCAUUUUCCACAGAUUGUUAUCACCUUCUUCAAAAGAGGUCAAAGUGAAAAAAAAUCACAACACAUUAUUAGUGUCAUAUUUAAUAUCAUUUCUGACUCUAUAUCUCUACAAACUAAUAGACAUGAUAAGUUACUAAAAAAA